GGCACGGUGCCCGCGUGCUGGCCCCCCAGCCACGGGGCAUGGUGGGGAGCUGGCACGCCUGUGUGGGCGCUGGCUUCGUGGUGUGACUCUGCGGGUGCCUGGCGGUGACACGGUGCCUGUGUGGGCGUGAAGCUGGAGGGUGGGGGGUACCACAACCCCCCCCACACACCCCCCGGCCCCCAUUGGCAGCUCUCCUCUUGCCCACCCACACUGUGCCAUGGGCAGAGCUCCUUAUUUAACGCCGCCCAGCAGCCAGCACCUUGGUGCUUCACCUCCUGGCUGAGCCUGCACUGAAGAGCCUUCAGCACAUCCUGUGGCCGCUGCCAGUCGUGCCCACUGCCAACCUCACCACUGCCAACCUCGCCACUGCUGCCCACCUCGCCUGGCCAGGUCUCCAGCUCUGCAGCCACCAGCUGUGAGGGGCACUUUGCCCACAGCUCCACACUGGGCACCACCGGAGGGCUCAGCAGGUCUGUGCCGCCCCAGAACCCGGCCCUGGGGGCUUCCCGAGGCUCCAGGCCGCCCCCUCCCCGGAGGAUGAGGAGCCGCCCGGUACUGGCCGCGCUGCUCGUUCUGGCGCUGCCGUUCGUCCUCGCACGCCGCCCUCCCGCCGCCGCCGCCGCCCCGCCCGGCGCCGCUUCGCCUCCGGCGCAGAGGAUGCCCGUCCCAGAGCCGCUGCCUUGGAGAGCCCCCGGUAGCCCUGGGGCCGCCUACGCCGCCGUGCUGCAGCUGCUGCGGGAGGAGGACGCCGGUCCCCCCGCGGCUCCACAGAAGCGGGACAUGCACGAUUUCUUCGUGGGGCUCAUGGGAAAGCGGGCGACGGAACCCGGGAGACCGGCGGGGCGUGGAAGCGGCGACCCGUCCCCUCGGUGGUCCCCGGGGCUCCCCUCGCCCGGUGGGAGAGCGGCGUGAGCCGCGGACAAAGACCAGGGGGGGACCGGCGUGGACCGUGCCCUGUGCCCCUCCCGGCCGAAGUACCGGCACCGGCGGCUGCACUGCGGCUGGGAUACCGGCUGCGGGCGCCUCCACGGAGCCGUCGUGGGAGCCGCCGAAGCUGGAGCCGCGCUCGCUGCUGUCCCGCUCCGCUCACGCGUGUCCGUGCCCGCCCGUGUACAUCCCCCGUAUAGGUACCCCCGAUAC